AUGGCCACGUCACCAAUCAAAACGGUGCUAGUGAUCGGAGCCAGUGGCAACGUCGAGAAGCCCACGGUGACCCUGCCAGCUGAUGUGAACCACAUCAAAACCAAUUACUCGGAAGCCUCCCUGAGGGAAAUCUUCAAAGGUCAUGACGCAGUUAUCAGCACAGUUUCUAGCAUCGUCCCAAGUGACGCACUAGCCAUACAAACCACCUUUGUGGAUGCAGCUAUCGCAGUCGGAGUAAAGGUGUUUGUCCCUUCCGAAUACGGCGUCGAUACAUCAAACUGCUCUGCCCCACAAUAUAUCCCUUUCCUCGGGGUUAAACUCCAAACACUUGAUUACCUCAAGUCUAAGCAGGACCAGAUCUUAUGGAUCGCGAUUUGUUCGGGCUCGAUGUUCGAUUGGGGUUUUAAUAUCCCCAGCUUUGGUGGCCGGAACGUGCCGACGCGCACCGUUACUAUCUAUAAUGGUGGUGACGUCCGCUAUGAAGCCACAAAACUUGAUCAAGUGGGCAGGGCCAUCACAAAGUCUUUGCAGAAUCUGGAACUCACCAAGAACCAGUACAUCUAUGUGAACAGCUUUAAGGUGAUCCAGAAUGCGAUAUUGAAUGCCCUCGAAAGAGUAACUGGGGAGAGGUUCAACGUGUCGAAAGGAAAUGUUGAAGAGUUUUGGCAAGAAGGGGAUGCGGAAUGGAAGGAAGGACAACCGCUAGGAGUUAUUUCGAUGCUUUCCAGGGCCAUUUAUGGCAAAGGUGGAUUGGCACAAUACUCGGUCAACAAGGGGUUGUGGAAUGGAAAGCUAGGGUUGGAGCCUGAGAACCUGGAGGGAUUUCUAAGGACUUAUGUGGCGGAGACGAAGGAAUGA